GUGAAUAGAAAAUUUGAAAUGCAAUCAAACAGAUCGCAGGCAGCGUACCCACCUGUCUUCUCUUAGAGAUUAAGAGAAGAAAUUAUUCAUUUAAGAGCGACGACCGAAUCCCAUUCAGCUCAAAUUCUGUGGUCACCAUGGAAAUUUGAAGAUAUUUAAGCUUUUUUCUCUUCCCAUAAAUCACCACUUAUUCUGAGAUUCCCCCCUAUUUCCCUUUUCGGUACCUUCUUUUGUUUUCUUUUUUCGAAACAGAAGAUCCCAUCUUGUUUACCAUUUUUCUUACAGUUACAGAGAAAUUACGAGGCUGUCAUUCGUAAAUCUCCACCAAAGCAAGAAAAUUGGUGACGCGGGAGGCACCAACCAAGAAAAAGGUGAAGAUUCUCCACUGACAGGACACCCCAUUUCUUGCAGAAUCUUGAUUUCUGCCAUGGGCCUUAGCUUUUUGUGCAAUUUACAUUAUGGAAAUUCAUUUUUUAUUGUUUUCCCACCACAUGUAUUGCAAAGAAACAACGAGAAAUUUCCUGAUUUUUUUUUUCAUUUCAUCUUUUUUAGAACCAGUUUUUUUACUCAAUUUUUGUGUAUGUCUGUAAUCGUAUACUAAUACGCGUAUUUACCUUCACAUUUUUCCUCUAAUUUCUCGAAGUUCUCACCAACCCUUUCUCUGCUUCUCGCUGGUUUGUGUCUCCUCUUGUAUUGAUUACAAAGGACCAAAGCAAGAGAAGGCAGAUGGAAUUCGAGAGCAGCAGUUGGAUAAAAGAUGGGGUUUGCUUCUACCCCCAUCUCUUUGGUGGUAUUAUGAUCACUUGUGCGCUGCUCAGUUUCUCAACAAGUUACUUUGGUAUGAUUGGUGUUCCACCUAUGCCUCACCUUUUCCCCGACUUGAGGGUUUUCCACAAGAAAAAAUCCUCAAAGAAACGUGUUCGCGUAUAUAUGGAUGGUUGUUUUGAUCUGAUGCACUACGGUCAUGCCAACGCACUGAGACAAGCUAAGGCACUGGGAGAUGAAUUAGUUGUUGGAGUUGUCAGUGAUGAAGAGAUCAUAGCCAAUAAAGGCCCUCCAGUUUUGUCUAUGGAGGAGAGGCUGGCACUUGUUAGUGGACUAAAGUGGGUCGAUGAAGUCAUUCCUAAUGCUCCCUAUGAAAUUACAGAAGAAUUUAUGCACCGACUUUUCAAGGAGCAUAAAAUUGACUAUAUUAUACACGGUGAUGAUCCUUGUCUUCUUCCUGAUGGAACCGAUGCCUAUGCUCUAGCCAAGAAAGCUGGUCGCUACAAGCAGAUCAAACGCACAGAAGGUGUCUCCAGUACGGAUAUUGUAGGAAGAAUACUUUCGUGGGUGAAGGAUGCUAAUGUUGACAAACUAUGCUCAGAAUCAUCUCAAGCAAAUGAAAGUGAAAACUUAAACAGCAACACGGUUAACAAAGUCCAAGCAAAGGGUGUCCAAGUUUCGAGUUUCCUACCUACUUCAAGAAGAAUUGUGCAAUUUUCAAAUGGCAAGGGUCCAGGACCAAAUUCCCGCGUUGUGUACAUCGAUGGUGCUUUUGAUCUUUUCCAUGCUGGACACGUGGAGAUUCUAAAGAGUGCCAGGGCACUUGGUGAUUUCCUUCUUGUUGGUGUUUAUCCUGACCACACUGUGAGUGAACUUCGUGGCAGUCGUUACCCACUGAUGAAUCUCCACGAACGUAGCCUUAGUGUGUUGGCAUGCCGUUAUGUUGAUGAGGUCAUCAUUGGUGCACCUUGGGAAGUCACGAAAGAUGUGAUGACCACGUUCAACAUAUCUUUGGUCGUACAUGGGACAGUAGCUGAGAAGAACCCUUUCUUGAAUGGGAAAACAGAUCCUUACGCGGUUCCAAAAUCUAUGGGGAUUUUCCAAACGCUGGAGAGCCCCAAGGACAUCACUACCACUUCAAUAGCAGAGAGGAUUAUUGCCAAUCACGAGAUUUAUUUGGUAUAUCCUUCUCUAACAUAUUUCUACCUAGGUUGGAGCCGUUUGGACAUUCAAUUUUCUAGAAAGUUCUUGAGUAUAAUAUAAAUGAAGCUGAUAGAAGUAGGGUUACUUGUUUUAUCCGAUUUUUCCCCCUUCCUCGACAUUAACAUAUACAGUUAAAGAUGAUGCAACAUUUUGAAUAUGCUAAGUAGUCAAAUAUAUCCGUAACUAUUAUUGUCUUUUUAGUUCUAUCUCGAACUAUCAACUUUGACUAAUUGAUGCCCAAACUAGGAGAAACUAAGUAAAUCUGUCAGGACACAUUUUCCAGUAUUUGAAAACAAGUAUGUGAAAAUGAGCUGAAGCCAUGUAAAAUUCAUGAUGAUCCCAGCUUUCGAGUACCAAAAAAUUGUUGGCGGAUAGGGAUUUGUAUAGUUUCUCGUAGUUUGGGUAUCAAUUGGUGAAAAUCAAUUGCUAGUUUGUGAUAUACAUGAGUAUUGGUUGAGCUGAUUACUUGUUAAAUGUGUGGUUAUAUGAGUAAGGGUGGUUUUGUUACAGAAACGAAAUGCGAAGAAAGAAGCAAGUGAGAAGAAAUAUUACGAGGAGAAGACAUUUGUGGCAGCAGACUGAGCCCUCCUCCUCUUGAGGCAGAUCGAAUCCGUAUAGUUUUGCUCUUAGGAAUCCGUCGAGAAAAAAAAAGGAAAAAAACAAAGAAAAAAACAAAAGUCUAGGACUGUCGAUUCUUUUAUUCUGCUUUAAUGUUAUAGCAGUUUUACCUAUGUAUUUGUAAAUUAUCAGAUCAGCAUCGGCCACCUUUUUAUUCGUUUAUUUUUGGGCAUCUCCUCUUCUGAAGAGCCCCAAUUCAGUUGAGCUUUCAAUCCA